AGUUCAACGUCACUUUCUGAUUUCACGGCCUUUAAUCAGUCCCCAGGGGACAAGCUUCCUGGAAAUUUCCCAGGAAACACUGCAACAGCGCAUGCGCCUUUGCUCAUUAGAGGCGAACAUGGCGGACCCUCUCUCGUCCGAAGAAGAGCAGGCCACAGCCGAGUUUCUUCAGCGCAUCAACUUCUGGCGGUCACAGCACAAUGCCGCACCCCUCCCCUGGGACACCGCUGUCAAGUUCCUCAUGGCCAGGAAGUUUGACGUGAACAGGGCCAUCGACCUUUACGCUCAGUACGCUGCAACACGUUACAAGGAAAGCAUCUUCAACUUCCACCCAACAGAGGACCCGCUUAAGAGUGAGCUGUUGACGGGGAAGUUCACAGUCCUGCCCACCCGAGACUACCACGGGGCGGCCAUCGCUCUGUUCACGGCCAAACUCCACGACCCCAGCAAGAGCACUCAUCAGCUGACUCUCAAGGGUGUCAUCUACCAGUUGGACCAAGCACUUGAAAACCGUCAGACCCAGCGGAAUGGGCUCAUCUUCGUGUAUGACAUGACAGACUCUGCCUACAGUAACUUUGACUACGACCUCAGCAGGAAGAUCCUCAAUCUGCUCAAGGGAGGGUAUCCAGCGCGUAUGAAACGAGUGUUAAUCGUGACUGCGCCCCUGUGGUUCAAGGUGCCCUUCAGCGUACUGCGACAGUUUGUCCGAGAAAAGCUCAGAGAAAGGGUCCACGUUCUGGAUACAACAGAGCUGCACAACUUCAUUCCCCUGUCUGCACUCCCCACCCACCUGGGGGGAGACCUGCUCAUCGACCACCCCUCGUGGCUGCAGCGCUGCUGGAACGCCUCCCUGGCCCAGGACCACGCCGGACCAAACGACACCCCUCCCUCCCCCUCCGAGUACACCCCCUUUGUCAGUCCCAACAUGAAAAACAGGACUGAGAACGACAAGGACCGCGACUCGGACGCCAGCUCGCAGAAUUCAGACACUGAGCACAUUGACGUUGCUCUGAACGGCAUAGUGGACGUCACCAAACCGGUUACCAAGUCCGAGCCCAACACGCCCACAGAGACAGACAGUGGCUUCUCAGAGAGGCAGGGCGUGGAAAAGCCGCAGGCCGUCAGCGCGGCGCACACCACGAACGGGAACGCUCAGGCUGCCGUGGACGACAGAAUAGAAGACGAGGACUCAAGCGAGGAGGAUGAAAGUGUGCCGCCGCCACCUCUGCCCAGAAAGACAUACUUGACAAAUUUUGAGGAAGAGUCCAUUCACACAGCGGAAGAGGGGGGAAUGACCAUGGACCAACUUUGUGUGCACCUGAAGACGACAGGAAUAAAGGGAAUCUACAAGGAGUACGCCAUGAUCAGAGCUGAGGCUCCCGCAGGGACUUUCAACUGCUCCAAGGCUACAUACAACCAGUGUAAGAACAGAUAUACAGACGUUCUCAGUUUGGACCACUCACGAGUUAAGCUCAACAUCUUGGAUGAGGAUGAUACCACUGACUACAUCAACGCUAACUACAUGGAUGCCUACAAGCACAAGAACGCAUUCAUCGCCACCCAAGGCCCCCUACCCAGGACAUUCCCCGACUUCUGGCGAAUGGUGUGGGAACAACAGGUGCUCAUCAUCGUCAUGACAACCAGAGUGAUUGAGCGAGGGCGGCUGAAGUGCGGGCAGUACUGGCCAAACGAGGAGGGGAUGCUUGACCACUACGCCAACUUCCGAGUGACCAACCUGGAGAUCCAGGCCGGAGAUGACUACACCAUCUCCAGACUCAAGCUGGACAACCUGGAGACGGACGAGUCUCGGGAGGUCGCCCACUUCCAGUUCACCAGCUGGCCAGAUUUUGGCGUGCCGCGCUCGGCAGCGGCCAUGUUGGAUUUCCUUACGGAGGUGCGACAGUACCAGGCGGACGGUUGCAAGGCCAUGGGGCCGGCCUGGGUGGGGCACCACAGGGGGCCUCCCAUCGUGGUACACUGCAGUGCUGGCAUUGGCAGGACAGGCACCUUCUGUACGCUGGACAUCUGUCUGGACCGGCUGGCGGACAUCGGAACGGUUAACGUGAAGGAGACGGUACAGCGGAUGCGCACCCAGCGAGCCUUCAGCAUCCAGACACCUGACCAGUACCACUUCUGUCACACCGCCAUCAUCGAGCACUGUCAGAGACACGGCACCCUGGGACAGGUAGACUACGGGCAGUACGACGACAGCGACAGCGACUGAGAGACACUCAGAAAGAUUUUCUUUGUGGUCAAAGAAACACCAAGGAAAUAUCGAAAUGCUCUUGAAAUUAUCAAGCUAACCUACGAAUGGAGUAAAAACUGUAAUUUCAGUGUUCCCUAUUUUAUACUGAAGUUUGCAACCAAACCAACCAUCUUGCAGUCUUAUCUAUAGAGUAUAUACUCCAUGUUGUGAAUCGUCCACUGCAGUAUUUAUAGGGUGAAAUCCGGAGGCUCCAUGCAUUGUGAAUGCGUGCCCAUCAAGUUAAACGUGAUAACUCUUGUAGAAAACUUUGAAAAAGUAUCAAAAUAUAACUCUUUACCUCAUUUUCCCAUGGAUUGAUUUAUUGUAUACCUUACCAAGUGGCAGUUGGAAAGAAAAGCUGGAUGGGUAUGAAUGCAGGUACAUUGAGUGAUUCUUGUUUUUUCUAGUGAUGUUGAGUGAAGUGCCUCAUUUACAAAGUUAUGAAGAGUGUAUAUUCAGACCACGAAGGGGCCAACUUGUACAGAUGACUUCCUUGUAACUACCGAACACCCUGCUCUAUAAGAGGAGAAAGCCCACUAAAGCUUUGUUAAUACUAGCUCCUUUUUUUCCAAACUCAUUCUCGGUGAACUGAAAAAAGCAUUUCCAGUUCAAAGUUGUCUUCUUGGGAUACUAAACACCUUGGUUGUGUAUUUUUGUUAUGUUCCCAUAAUAUCAGAAUUCUACAUUAUGACGUGUCUGUCAUUAUUGGAAUUUUGUAUAUUAUCGUGAAAGUCCUGUCCUUAUAUUUACUGUGUAUCCACUACGGCUAGUGUUUCAUGUAAAGGAAUUCAUAGAGAAAUUGUGGAAAUUUUGAGUAAAAUACUUUGCCAGAAAUCAUAGCCCAUGUUAAGAGAUGACACUAGGGUUGUCGGUUUCCUUACGUCUUUCCUUAAGUCUUUGUCUGUACCACUGUUGGCCAGUAAGUUGUAAAAAAAAAGUUCAUUCAAUUAUGUAAUAUGUAAUAACAAGAGCCAAGCCUACUAAUAAGAUUAUAUCACUUGUAACAAAAACGUUCGUUCUUGUAACAUUUUGUAAGAACGUCACUGUUAGAUUUUCUUUUCCAUCCCUAUGGUUCAUUUAAAGGACAUAUUUAUUGACGGACAUAUUUAAUAUGUAAUUAUUAUUGUGUAUACAAGUGGGUCCUAACCUUAUAUAUGAUCAUGGCAUAUGGCAAGUAUGAAUGAACCAGAUAUUAGUAUCCAGAUAACAAGUUAUUACAAAAGCUGUAUAAAGGUGUUGGCAUGAUUGUAACCAAUGUGGUAUUUUUCAAGCCUGAAACAUUGUGUUUCUUUCAAGAGAAUUACAGUAGUUUUCCUGAAAUUUGUACUGAGACUUGAUAUGGUUCAAGUUCCAUGUACGGUAAGAUCUAGAUUAACUAAAAGAUAGGAUUUGCUACUUGGAUGUCUUGGAAAUUAUGACGCAUUGAAUUAUGUGCAUAAAGCCAAGAAAUUGUUGGUCCUUGCUGCCUGAAAAUUAUGUGCUUCAAGCACCUUGUAUACUGCUUCUCAUACAUUUAAUUGGUAUGCAGCUAGAUGGUAGGCAAAACUACAAUAGAUGUCUUUCAACCAUUGCCUGCUACUUCAUUUCUGCUUGGCUUAUUCUAGGAUAUUUAUUUGAUGUUUUUGUUGUGAUCACUGGAAGAUAAAGAGCUUGAAAAGCCUUAUUGUUAGCCUGUAUCUACAGCAUUUCUUUUGUAUUGAUGAUUUUAAAUAGUGAAAUAUUUCCCAAAAUGUGACACAACUUUUUCAAAAUGUGUGCAAGAGGAAGCACUGAGUGCAUGUUUCAGUUUGUUUUAGGGAAGGGUUACUCUAGAACGCAUAAUAACCAGACGCACACUGAAAACCAGAGAGAAGUGGUGAAAGUUUGUAUAUCUAUGUGUGGAAGGACAGGAGAGGAAGUGUACUUGUUAGUUUGUGUUCCUCAGCAGGUCUGGAGAUGUUGUCUGGGCCAUCUUAGACUUCCAGCUUGCCUCUACUGUAUUGAGCCGCCCCAAAACAAAUUGAUUCUAGAGUGAAAACCUGAAGACUAGGUGUUACGGAAAAAAGCGAAGAUGUUGCAGAUGUCUUAACAGUUUUAAGCAAACUUUGGUCACUUAGAGAAAGAAAUACCUGAAUUUUUCUGAAGACACUUUUUUUUUUCAUUUGUUUAAAAGUAAUUAGAAUAUAAAAGGAAAAUCUCGACAAUGUGUAUGAAAUAUGCAAGAACCCAGUCAGAUCAAGGAAAGACCUGCAUAUUAAGAUUUACAUGUACAUGUACAUGUGUGAACCAAGCACGUUUUGAUAUGAUCUUUGUUAAAAAAAGGAACUAACCGCUUACUUGGGAGCCCCUUAUGUUACAGUAGUGCAAGCUACGGUUGUAAAUAUCUAAGGACAACUCAGUGUGAAAGAUGUGCAGUGCCAGGUCUGUUGCUAGGGGGAGCUCCUGCAUGACACCUGUUUCAACCCGUGUCUAAAAAUGUUCAGUUAAUGCCUAUAGUAGAGGGUACAUACCAUAUAUUAUACAGAAACCUGUCUGUGUUCUAAGCUGACGUGCACUGUUUGUCCCUGAAGUGCCUGUGCAAACUUUUGUAUUGUAAAGCUAUGUAUAUGUCUCAUAGUAGAGAAAAAAAAACAUAGUAAAAAAGUGUGUAAGAUAAAUAUAGACAUUAUAUACAUCUAGGAAGCAUAGCCAUGUCCAUUAUUUUGUACCUGUACUUUUGUGAUUGAUGGUGUAGUCUACAAACACAGUAACUCGGAAAGUAUUUAAGUAGCUAUUAAAAUGUGCAGUCUCUUUCUAA